AUGGCUCCACUUGGUAAAAUUUGGCCUCAUUUUACAAAGCGUAGCCAUGAGGCCAUUCAUAAACAAGAAAGGGCUCAGUGUAAUUACUGCUCACAUAAAUUGCUUGCUGCAAAUUGUUGUGAACAACACCUUAAAAGAUGUACCAAAUUUCCACAAAAAUAUUAUAGUAUUGAUAUAGAUGAGGAUGAAUUAUCAGAAGUGGAAAAUAAUGAGAUUAGGGAAAGUGUGAAGAAAGCGAUAAUGAAUCAAAUGAGCCAGAUAGCACAAUUGAAUUAUAUGAAUCAGAUGGAUAUGAAAAUGAUUAAGAAACAAUUAUUUAUUUUAAUACAAAGAUACAUGUACAAUUAA